GUUUCCGGUUUUAUGUUGCUGGGACGAAUCUGCGGCUGCUGGAUCGAGUGUUUGUUUACAUGCAAUAGGGUCUGAUCAGAGUGUUUACUUCUACCUUUAACGAGGUGUCAGUGUUUGUGAAAUACUAAAUUCCCAGUAUGGCUUUGAGAGUCCUGUCUUGGAAAACUCUUUUAUUUCUUGGCCUUUGUCAUGUUGGACUCAGGGGUCUGGCCACUGCAGCAGAUGAGAAAGAUCCACCGAAGAAAAUUGCAAUAAUUGGGGGAGGUAUUGGAGGCUCGGCGGCUGCGUAUUUCCUGAGACAAGAAUUUGGUCCAUCGGUAAAGAUCGAAGUGUUUGAGUCGGACACCGUAGGAGGUCGUCUAGCCACUGAGAACAUCGGAGGACACGAUUACGAGUCUGGAGGAAGCAUUAUUCACCCGCUCAACCUGCACAUGAAGCACUUUGUGGACAGACUCGGACUGUCUCCACAACCUGAUAUGCCUUCCAAACUGGCAAUAUUCGACGGAAAGGAACUGAUCUAUGAAGAAAGUGACUGGUACAUAGUGAAUUUCAUACGCAUGGUGUGGAGAUAUGGAUUGAACUUCAUUCGGAUGCCUAUGUGGAUGGAGGGCGUUCUGGAGAAGUUUAUGAGGAUAUAUCAGUACCAGCAGUUUGGCUACUCCUUCUCUAGUAUGGAGAAACUUUUGCACGCUAUGGGUGGAGAAGAUUACGUCGCUCUGGUCAAUCGGACAUUGGAGGAGACCAUGCUGGCUGAAGGAUUCUCGCAGGUCUUUCUCAAUGAUAUCGUAAUGCCCAUCACGCGAUUUAACUACGGCCAGACUGUCCGACUCCAUGGAUUUGUUGGAGCCGUAGCGAUAUCAUCAAUGGACCCAGGGUUGUGGGCAGUGGACGGAGGAAACAAAAAGGUUUGUUCCGGGCUUCUGUACCACAGCAAAGCUGAACCAGUACAAGCACGGGUGACAUCCAUUUCUAUGAAGACGAGACCAUCCAAAUCCGGUUCAUCUGCAAACUUUUACGAAGUGAAUUACGUCAGCGAAUCUGGUGCCGCCCAGUCCACGUACGCCAUAGUUAUAGUUGCGACCCCCCUCCACCAGGGCUUAUCCGACAUCAACUUCUCCGGCUUUUCCCCGCCCAUUCCGUCCCAUUUCCCCGGCCAGUUCCACAUAAUGGUGACCACGCUGGUCCAUGGCGUGCUCAACGUGUCCUGUCUGGGCGUCACGUACAAGCCCGAAGACUUCGUCGUUUCUGAUAUUUUCACAACGGAUAACAAAGCCUCCGUCAUCCAGAGCUUGCACUCUAUAGACCCGGUUCAGAUUCCCAAGGGCUACUCCCGCCCUCCGGCCAGCCAGAAAAAAGUCUGGAAGAUUUUCUCCUCCGUUUCAGUGUCUCAGGAGGAACUGAAGAAAGUGUUCCUCUCCUGGGACUCUGUGGUGGAGAAGCGCUGGCUCGCGUACCCCUCCUACACCCCGCCGCAGCGCGGAACCCCUCCGUUCAUCCUACACAACCACCUGUACUAUCUCAACGCUGUGGAGCGGGCGGCCAGCACCAUGGAGAUGAGCGCCGUCUCCGCCCGGAAUCUGGCCCUGCUCGCUCAUCACCGCUGGUAUCAGCAGACGGACAAAAUCGACCAAGAGGAUUUGCACAUCAAGCUUAGAAGUGAACUUUGAAGCAUGUAGUAAAUGUGAAAUGAUUUAUAGCAAAAAGGAGAUUUAUGUGAGGCAGAUUUGUGUUGUAUAAUGGGGAGGGCUAUAAGCUCGUGGAUUUGUCAGCAUUUUUGUACUAAUUUAUACAGAUACUGAUGAGUUUUUACUGUCACUAAAAGGCCUUUUUUUGUAAUUUGUUAAUUUACUCCAUGAUCCGACAAGGAAAAGCUCAUGGUUGGAAUAAUUUUUGACUUUUGAUUUAUGACUUGAGUGUUUAAAAGUUAAAAGUCACUUAUGGUUAAAGUCACCAUAGGCUUUCACAGGUGAAAGUCUGUCAAAGGAAAAUGAAAAUUCUCUCAUGAUUUACUCGCCCGCAUGACGUCUCAGAUGUGUUCGACUUCCUGUCUUCCAACGCAGUCACAAGACUCGCAAGUUCAAAUUAUAUUUCAAGAUUGAUGUUUCUCCAUCAGUGCUCAGUUGUGUUUGUUUUGGUUUUAGUUUUGCUAAAUAAGCUGAAAAUAUGAAUCUUUUUCUCUCACAAACAUACCAUUUCACUUGAUAAACUGAUUAUUUAAUAACCAACUGGAGUCAUUUGGAUUUAUAAUGUAUGUGCUUUUUGGAGCGGCAUUAUUUUGAGUACCACAUAAAGAUAACAUGACAGUAUUAUAAUAUAACACUAUAUUUGUGUGUUCAAUUGAAGAAAAGAAGUAAUAUACUGUAGUACAUAUGGGAUGGCAGAAGGUCAAUUAUGAGAGGGUAAAAUAUUCCUUUAAGUAAAAAGAUUUGCUAACACUUAACAAUAAGGUUAUUGGUUAAAAGUAAACGCAUUAGCUAGCAUUUUAACAAUUUAGUUUUUUCAGCCUUUAAUAAUCAGUUAUUCAUGUUCGUUCAUGGUGCAUUAACUAAUAAAAAACGUUACAGCGUUUGAUUUAAAAAAAAUAUUAAUAAAUGCUGAAAUGAAUAUGAACUAAUGUUAAUAAAUGUUUUAGAAGUAUGUUCACUGUUAGUUCAUGUUAGCUAAUGCAUCAACUAAUUGUUAACAAAUACAACCUUAUUGUGAAGUGUUACCAAAAAAUGUUUUACCUUAUAUCCUUCUGUGUGUAUCGUACAAGACAAAAGCCAAUAAAGAAGCAAGCAUGAUAGUUAUCAUUACCAUCACAGAAGUUCUGUUAGUAUAUUCGGCCAUAUAAUAAUUCUAUGAGUGUCAUUAAAAGUUUGGUACUGUGAUUAGCUGUGACCAGCUUUAAUUUACACCUAUGAAACAAGACAACAGAUGUGAUGAGUAUGUUUACACACAAUGUUUACAAUUUCUUUCGAAUUUACAUUUAAUAUUUUAUUAUUUUUUGUUGCCUUAAAGAGCCCUCAACACCGUUUGUAAAUUAUGAAGGAGCUUGAAUGACAGGAAAAGACAUACUACUACUGAUGGACAAUCUUCUAUUGUCCAUGCAAAUUGCACUUAUUUUUUUACCUUCACGUUUUAAAUUUGAACAAGAAUGUUAACAGUUUUUAAAUAACAAAUGGAUGGAUUUUAUAUUCGUAGGAGUUUGGUCGUGUUGGCGGUUCAAAUAAUAUCUUGUUUGCGAAAUGUGUUUUAAAGCACCUUGAAUCUCAAUGUUAUAAUACAGUGUGAUUGUACUGUACUUAUCCAAAGUGUUUGACUUGGUUUGAUUUUCUGGUAACGUUCCACAUGAGUGUAUACACUGUCUUUAUUAUUUAAAUGUGAUAUUGAACUUUUAAAAGUGCAACUGAUAAAUAAAUAUCAAUGUCAAUAAACAUUAUUUUCCGUUA